UUAGCGUUGAGGUCAGUAAUCUGGUUUCAGCACCAUGGAUAGCGACACUCGCGGCCAGACAGCGCUCGACCAUUCAUUCGAAAUACACAUUUGGAUUUGUUUGAGAAGUUAUUUUUAAAUUGCUAAAGCACUGCUAAAACAACGUAUUUUCUCAUCUCGAUUGUGUAAAAUGUAGGCAUGGGAAGUUUUUGUUCUUUUUUCUUGAAUUUCUACUCACGGCUCACUUUGGGUUGAAUUAGGCUAGAAUAAUCACCAGAAAAGGGAGGACCAGCAUAGCGGGGUGGACCAGCUGGUUGAUAAAGGGAAGCAAGGUUUAAUGGUAUGUGAGUGAGAGGUUAAGGGCGGAGGGAGAAGGUGAUAGUGAAUAGGGCUGCGCGCUCAAGCGGGAGUGCGCGCGGACAGCAAAUCGGUCGGAGCCUGGAGUCGCGAGGAUGGAGAUCCGACCAGAUAGGUUUAAAAUCGUCGCGGGCCAGACCCUCGGAAAAUUACACAAAAUCCUAGAGAAGCGGCAGGAAAAUGGCGAGACCAUUGAGCUCACCGAUGAGGGCCAGGCGGUUCUCGUGGAGGAGAAGGAGAUGCCCGUGGUGGACUGCACCUGCUUCGGCCUGCCCCGGCGCUACAUCAUCGCCAUCCUUUCCGGCCUGGGCUUCUGCAUCUCUUUCGGCAUCCGAUGCAACUUGGGCGUGGCCAUCGUCAGCAUGGUCAACAACCAAACCAUUUACAAGGGCGACAAACCGAUUCUCGUGAAAGCUCAGUUCAACUGGGAACCAGAAACGGUCGGAAUGAUCCAUGGGUCAUUUUUCUGGGGAUACAUAGUAACCCAAAUACCCGGGGGAUUCAUCUGUCAAAAAUUUGCAGCCAACAGAGUCUUUGGCUUUGCCAUAGUGGCCACCUCAUGCCUGAAUAUGUUGAUCCCUUCGGCAGCACGAACUCACAUUGUCUGCGUUAUCCUUGUCAGGAUAUGUCAAGGACUUGUGGAGGGUGUUUCAUACCCAGCAUGCCACGGCAUCUGGGCAAAGUGGGCCCCACCUCUUGAAAGAAGUCGAUUGGCCACGACAGCCUUUUGUGGGUCCUAUGCAGGAGCCGUGAUAGCUAUGCCACUGGCUGGAGUACUAGUCCAGUACUCAGGGUGGUCGUCUGUUUUCUAUGUCUAUGGCAGCUUUGGGAUCUUCUGGUAUCUCUUUUGGAUCCUGGUGUCGUACGAGAGCCCGGCAGCCCACCCCACCAUCACAGAAGAGGAGCAGAAAUACAUUGAGGAGGCUAUCGGAAUGUCAGCCGCUAACUCCACACCUGUUACGAAAUGGAACACGCCUUGGAGAGCCUUUUUCACUUCGAUGCCGGUUUACGCCAUCAUCGUGGCCAAUUUCUGUAGAAGCUGGACCUUCUACUUGCUCCUCAUUAGCCAACCUGCAUACUUUGAAGAAGUGUUCGGGUUUGAGAUCAGCAAGGUGGGCUUGGUGUCGGCUCUCCCCCAUCUAGUGAUGACCAUCAUCGUGCCGAUCGGGGGCCAGCUGGCUGACUACCUGCGCACAAACAAAAUCAUGAGCACCACCAACGUCCGGAAGAUGAUGAACUGCGGAGGUUUCGGAAUGGAAGCCACCCUACUGCUAGUGGUCGGGUUUUCUCAUACGAAAGCUGUGGCUAUCACCUUUUUGGUUCUGGCUGUGGGCUUCAGUGGGUUCGCUAUUUCAGGCUUCAAUGUGAACCACCUGGACAUUGCUCCCCGCUAUGCCAGUAUCCUCAUGGGCAUCUCCAAUGGGGUGGGCACUCUGUCAGGCAUGGUGUGCCCACUCAUUGUUGGUGCCAUGACCAAACAUAAGACGCGGGAAGAGUGGCAGUAUGUGUUUCUCAUUGCUGCACUCGUUCAUUACGGAGGUGUUAUAUUCUAUGGACUUUUUGCCUCCGGAGAAAAGCAGUGGUGGGCAGAGCCCGAGCAACUUAGUGAUGAGAAGUGUGGUAUUCUGGAUGAGGAUGAGCUGGCCAAUGAGACGGAGGAGUUGUACCGUACAACCGGAGAAGGAGGCUACGGAGCAACGAUCCAAGCUCAGGAUCCCAAUGGAGGAGGAGGCGGCGCAGGAACCUGGGUCUCAGACUGGGACAAGACUGAGGAGUUAGUACAACCACCAGGAACCGAUAGCUACCUAUACAGAGGAGAGAAAGACAGGGAGCUAACAUAGAGGGACUUACAGGUAGGAGUUACGGAGUGGGGUAGCAGACAGAAAGAUAAAAGUUUCCUUUUGGCACAGGAACUUGGAAAGAGGUGGGGUGGGUGGUUGGGAUGAGGGUGAGGAGUGGAAGAAGGGGGGACCAAAGUAUUACGGAGAACUGAAAAUGGUUGUACAACAGCGGAAAUAGGAUGAGCCAUGUACUAAGCGUGGGUACAGUGCAUUCGGAAAGUAUUCAGACCCCUUGACUUUUUCCACAUUUUGUUACGUUACA